GUGCAUACGGUGUGGCAAACCCGUUCGCGAUUUGGCGAUGGAAAAAAAGGGGAAAAAGAAAGAGAACAUUCCAGCGACAGGAAAAGCAAUGGCAAUGGCAGUCGCUUAGUAGUCACAGCGCGCACAAGCCACCCCCCUAUGGCCAGUACAUCUGCCUACCCACCUGCACGCACGCAGCCCGAGGGUUAAUCCUCCAACCGAGGGAGGCACUAAACCUGCGCGCAAAUAUCUACCAAGUGUACCAGCUAAAAUGGGAAAAAUUAGCAGCGUGGUCCCUUUUCACCCCCAUAAUAAAAGUACUCACAAAAAAUGAAAACACAGAUGAGGGGAAAAAAGAAAAAAUGACUCCCAGGUACUACUUCUACACUAAGGAGAUUACACAUAUCUUCUGGGGGAACCUACUAUGCAGGCGUAACAGAGGCUUACUGCCAACGGAAGGGAGCCUUCUAAACAACCCCAUUGGAAGCAUUUCACGAUUUAAAAUAAAACAGACCUGUGCUAAUCCAAAUGGGGGUGAAGAAAGGCAGAACAGUUCCUCACCUCAGGAAUUUUCAAACCACACGCUUCUCCUUCCCAAGCAGGAGAAAGGCUCCACAAAUGGCACUCACCAAUACAGAAGAAUGAGCUACAUCGUUGGCAGCACUUGCGAACUUAGGCCAAAAGGAGGAAACUCAUUCUUCUGCGAAGAUAAGAAAUUUUUCAGUGGAAGAAGUGGAGGAUUGAAAAGAAGGAAAAAAAGAAAAGAUGAAAGAGUUAUAAAUACCUGUGCAGGGAAAAGGCUGGAAUUUUUUUAUCCCAAGAAAAAGAGAAGACAAAGAAUUGGGCUAAUCCAAAAUAGCAGAAAAAAUAUAGUAUACGAUAACGUUUUGAAAAGGUUCCUAGUUUAUUAUUACAAACAGGGCAUUCAAGUCUUUCGAAGUUUCAGCUGCAAAAAAAAAAGAAACUUCGAGUCAGCGAGGAACAAAGCUAUAAUUCUGUCCAAGCAGUACAGCAAAAGGUAUAGUAAACAAAUCGGCAGGGAACAAAAAGCUAACAAACCCCCCCUUAACAUCAAUGACAGCAGCAAUUUGAGUGCAAAAUAUGAUCACAAUUUGGCAAGAAAUGUAAAAAUUGUACCUGAUAAAAAUAAAAGCGGAUAUAGGGGCGUCUUUUACGACUCCUCUGAACAUGCUUACAUUUGCGUCUAUAACGAGGCGGGCAUAAGAAAAUUUCAAAUUUUUAAAAUUCAAAAUAAUGACUAUCUUGAGGCCUACAAUUUAGCCGUCAUGUGUCGCCGCUACAAGCUUUUUAAAAACUUCCAAUUCGUUUCGCAGCGAAAUCGGAUACGCAGUGGGCGCAUACACCUUAAGUGA